AUGUUCGCCGUACCAGGCUGGUCCGUCUCAGCCGACAGUCUCAAGGCCGAGACAGCAGCAGCAAAGCCCACACCAAGCCAGAGCGAGCCGUCAGAGCCAGACAGCUCCAACAAGAAGCGCAAGAGGCCGAGCAAAAACGUCACCGCCUCCAAUGUCGCCGACCUCUGGGAGCAGGUCAUAGAAGGGAAGCCGGCCAAGAAGAAGGCCAAGCCCGACGAGCCUGCCGUCGUCGUCGAUGAGACGCGGCCCGUCAGCAAGCGGGGCGUUGCCGCAGAUGGCACCCCGAGGCUGACGCUGAAAGACAAGAAGAGGCUGAAGAAGCAGCGAGAUAAGGAGGCGUCCGGGGAUGUAGAUGAGCAGGACACGUCUGAGGCGCCUGCCGGUGAGGGCAAGAAGGACAAGAAACCGAAGAAGAAAGCAAAGGACCAUCAGAUCGACGAGCCCGUCAAGAAGGAAGAAAAAUCCAGAUCAGCAGCAACCACCAAGCUUACCGCCCCUCCCGCACCCAAACUGACGCCCAUGCAAGCCGCGAUGCGCGAGAAGCUAGUCUCGGCGCGCUUCCGGCACCUGAACGAGACGCUCUACACGAAGCCGUCGGGCGAGGCCUUCGAGCUCUUUGCCGACACGCCCGAGAUGUUCACGGAGUACCACGAGGGCUUCCGGCGGCAGGUCGACGUGUGGCCCGAGAACCCGGUCGACGGGUACAUCGCCGACAUCCGUACGCGCGGGCGCGUCAAAGCACCUCAUCACGGCGGGAAAUCGUCCAAGAGCGGAGGCCUCUCAGCACCGGGCAACACCGUGCAGCCCCUCCCGCGCACAAGCGGCACCUGCACGAUAGCCGACCUAGGCUGCGGCGACGGCAAGCUUGGCACGACCCUACACGCCGGCGGAGAGGCCAAGAAGCUCAACGUCAAGGUCCUCAGCUACGACCUGCAGAGCCCAGGCCCGCACGUGACGCGCGCCGACAUCGCGGCCCUGCCCCUCGCCGACGGCAGCGUCAACGUCGCCGUCUUCUGCCUCGCGCUCAUGGGCACCAACUGGCUCGACUUUGUGGACGAGGCCUACCGCGUCUUGCACUGGAAGGGCGAGCUGUGGGUAGCCGAGAUCAAGAGCCGGUUCGCUCCUUCAAAGGGCAAGGGCAAGGGGGGCAAAGGUCAUGGUCAGAGUGCCAAGGGCGCCAACGCGCCCGUCGAGCACAGCGUCGGCAACCGCAGGAAGAACCCAAAGAAGGGAGGCAAGGAGGGCGAGGGAGACGACGAGAACGAGGCCCAGCUCGCAGCCGUCGAGAUCGACGGCGCCGAGGACCGCCGCCAGGAGACCGACGUGUCGGCCUUCGUCGAGGCGCUGCGGAAGCGCGGUUUCGUGCUGCAAGGGCACGGCGAGCGGCAGACCGAGGCGGCCGCCAUAGAUCUGAGCAACAAAAUGUUCGUCAAGAUGCACUUCGUCAAGGGGGCGACGCCGACGGUCGGCAAGGGGGCCGUCGCGCUGAAGGAGUCGGGCCGCGGAGAGGCAGCUGGUGGCAGAGGGGGAGGAGGCGCGAUGAAUAAGAACAGGAAGGGCGCGGUCAAGUUCAUCGAUGCGGAGGAGCAGCAGGGUGCGGGAGCGGAUGAGGGCAGCAUUCUGAAGCCCUGUGUCUAUAAGCUGCGAUAG